ACACAAGGGUCAUGAGUAGAGAGAAAAUAGUAAAAUCCUUUAAAAAAUGUGGCAUACAGCCAUUUGAUCAAGACGCUCCUGAUUAUACCAAGCUCACUCUUGAAGAAGCCCACUCCGGAGACAGUCGAAUAUUUGAAGGAGUGCUUCAAGACGGUCGUGUUGAAGCUUCCACUCAAGUUGAAAAUUUUUUUCAUGUCAAUGUUGCGACACAGACAUCCUCUGACAUCAUCUUGUCUGGUAACACAAGUACUAGCACGAUGGAAGGACUGGGAGCAGGCCCAAACAUUCACCUGAUAACAAAAUCAUUUGAUGACUUUGUCAUCGAUUCGCCACGAUUUGAUUCACUCAGAAUGGUGAAGAGGCAAAAUUGGUUCCAAUAUGUCUUUGAUCGAAAUCAUCGCCAAGAGGAUGCACCAGCUGUUGAUUCCCUUGUUGUUUCCCCUGUUCAUUCACCUAGUAUUCAUUCUAGUUCAGAUGCACAGUGUUCCUCAAUGUCAGCCCCUCCAAACAGGACUAGGCCUAUGUUGGUAGAACCUCAAAGACAAGCAAGACCACCUGCGAUUAGUCCUGCUCUUAAAAAUCAUAAGUGGUUCCCUUCUCCAAAAAAAGCUAUCGGAAAGGUUCGUACAGUGGCUCAAGAACUUCAUGCCACAUCUGUAGUGACUUCAGAUAAAGUUGUCUCGAUGCUAGAAGGUAUUAGGCUUGAAAAAAAACAAACAAGAACAAGCAAAAGAGGAGAGAAAAACGAAGCGCUUAGUUGCUGAAUUAGCUAAACGCAACAAGCCAAGUGUUCCAGCUAAAAGAAAGUUGCUGCCAGCAACAAAAAUGGCAAAGAAGAAACCAAAAAAAUUUUCCAUUACAUAAAAAAAUUAUUCAACAAUUAUUUAAAUAUAUUUUUAAUACCAAAUAACUAAAAAAAAGAACUCAUUUUUUAAAAAGUCUGAGGGUGGCGAACACUGGAACAGGUUCAAAAAAUUGCCUGGCGAACACGGGGACCGUUCCAGUGUCCGCCACUUUCAACUUUCGGGGGCUAUAGCCCCCUUAUUAAUUAUC